AGAAGCAGGGAAACGCAGGGGAAGGCUGACAUGAUAUUUGCGUCCGAGGGAGACCUCACUGGGACGGGACGGGUAACGCAAAGCAAACACCCUCGGAAGCUCGCCGUGAAGGAGUGAAAUACAGUUUAGAUAAUGUACAAAGAUGGUGCCUUGUCAAACUCAUGUGUUGCUGAAGUGGCAGGAGCAUUUCAACAGUUCCUGGGCUGCAGAAGACAGCGUGCAGACAGCCAGGAGGCACGGGGCAGCCGUUCUCUACAAUAAGCUCCUUUACAACAAGGAAGUGGUGACUCUGGCUCAGCCUGUACAAGAACUGGCCAGCCCAAGACUUCCUGACUUCGAGUGUGAAUCCAACACAUCAGCCGAGAAAGAAGAAUACCUCUCAUCGCUGCUUCACAGUCAGCGAUGGCUGGCUCACCGCAUGCUGACGCAAACCUCCUACACCCUGGGCCUCCACCAAAGACUGGUAGUUCUGCAGAGGAUCUACUACGCACUUCACAGCAAAUAUCAUGACAAGUUUCGCCUGCAGCUGCCCUCGCAGUCCACGGACAGCGGGGCAGAGAGCGGGCCGAUUGAGCUGGCCGCAGAACCUCGUCUGCCGGGUGGAGUUUCUAAAAUCAAGUCCGGCACAGACGUUCUGAUAGAAAUGGGUGUAAGGACGGGUCUGAGUCUGCUUUUCUCGUUGCUGCAGCAGAACUGGAGGUACGCGGCCUCUGUGCACCCGGAGUCUGUGCUUUGCAAUGAUGUGCUCGCCACCGCUUCAUCCGUCCUGGCUUCUCUGCCACCGCUUUCUCUAGCUAAUGAAAGUAAGAUCCCAUCGGUGGGUUUGGACUGCCUUGGACAGGUGGCUGACUUUCUGAAGAAGACGUCGGUGAGCAGCGGGAGCAGCGGGGCGGACCCGACUGGUCGGAGGCUGGCUCUGGAGCUGCUGCUUGGCCUGGCCAUGCAGAGAGGCUCCCUGAAAUUCCUGCUGGAGUGGGUGGAGGUAGCUUUGGCAGCCUCCAUGCCCUCCUCCACCGCGGUCCUGUCUUCCUCCUCCUCACUGAGCUUUCAGCAAUCACCUGGCGUGGGCUUUGAACUUAUUCAGCAAACUCUUCUUCAGAUGAGGCAAUAUUCGGGUUUCCGUGGGGAUCCCAUCAACACUCAGGUGCUAACAAAGGACGCAGAUGGACUUUGUCUACUCUCCCAGGCGGCUCUCUACUUGUUUGAGGAGAUAUGCAACCUGGCAUCGAAUUGCCUGUGCUCCUGCAGCACAGACACAGCUGCUCCCGGCGCAGAGAGCGACACGGUGAUGGUUUACGUUUGGGGCAGCAACAGCAGCCAUCAGCUGGCAGAGGGGACGCUGGAGAAAAUCCUCCUGCCAAAAGUGACCCAGGGCUUCAGUGAUGCUCAGAUGAUUGAGGCAGGCCAGUACUGCACCUUCUCUGUGUCUGCUGAUGGUUCGGUGAAAGCCUGUGGAAAAGGCAGCUAUGGCCGCCUGGGUCUGGGGGAUUCCAACAAUCAGUCCAUGCCCAAGAAACUGGUGCUGGAGCCACACAGGAACAUGAAGAAAGUGUCCUCCUCCAAGGGCUCGGAUGGACACACUCUGGCCAUCACUGUUGAGGGAGAGGUGUUCAGCUGGGGUGAUGGUGAAUAUGGAAAACUUGGUCAUGGCAACAGUGCUACACAGAAAUACCCCAAAAUCAUACAAGGGCCGCUGUCAGGAAAAGUUGUUCUAUGCGUGUCUGCUGGCUACAGACACAGUGCCGCCGUUACCAAUGAUGGAGAGCUCUAUACAUGGGGAGAGGGAGACUUUGGCAGACUUGGUCACAGUGACAGCCAGAGUCGAAACAUGCCCACACUGGUGAGGGAUAUCAGUGGAGUGGGACAGGUAACAUGUGGCAGUUCCCACACCAUUGCUGUGGCGCAGGAUGGACGUACGGUGUGGUCCUUUGGUGGCGGAGACAAUGGUAAACUAGGCCAUGGAGACACGAAUCGUGUGUAUCGUCCCAAGGUCAUUGAAGCCCUUCAUGGAUUUAUCAUCAGGAAAGUGUGUGCAGGCAGCCAGUCAUCUCUAGCCCUCACAUCUGCAGGACAAGUGUUUGCUUGGGGCUGUGGCUCGUGUUUAGGUUGUGGCUCCUCUGAAACAACCUCAUUAAGACCCAGGUUCAUAGAAGACCUGGGCAUCACCAAGAUCAUAGACAUCUCCUGUGGGGACAGCCACUGUCUGGCUUUGUCUCACGAGAACGAAGUGUAUGCUUGGGGUAACAAUACGAUGGGCCAGUGUGGGCAAGGCCACACCUCUACACCAAUAACCAAACCGAGGAAGGUGCUUGGCUUAGAGGGGAUCUCGAUUCAGCAAAUAACAGCUGGCACCUCUCACAGUCUCGCAUGGACUGCAGUUCCAAGUGACAGGCAACUCGUGGCAUGGCACAGACCCUUCUGUGUCGACCUGGAGGAAAGCACUUUCACCUACUUACGCAACUUCCUAGAAAUGUACUGUGACGGCAUUGGUAACGAUACACCCCCGGCUCCAUUUGUAUCUAAAAGGGAUCACCAUCAUUUCCUUCUGCUGUGCAUGAAGCUGCUGUCCAUCCACUUGUCCUUGGCUCAUGCAGGCGGCACAGGAGCCAUGGUUCUUGGUGCUCAGGGCAGGCCCUUGAGAAAUCUGCUGUUCAGGCUCAUAGACACCAACAUACCAGAAUCCAUACAACAAGCAGUUUUAAACACACUGUCCAUUGGUGCCUCCCUGCUGCUGCCUCCUCUCAGGGAACGAACUGAGCUGCUCCUUUCCCUCCUUCCCCAAGGCCCACAGAGUUUAAAUAUUCUUUCCAAAGGCCAGCGGCUGCAGCUAGACAUGGUCCUCAGCAGCCUUCAGGAUCAGAGCCAUGUAGCUUCUCUGCUAGGUUACAGCAAUUUUGGAGAGGUGACGGGCCUCGGACCUCCACUAACGCCCGCUGCAUCGACCCGACCUCCUUCCUCCUCCAGCUCAGUUGAUGCCUAUGACCCACUGCACUUAGCAGAGGUCCUGCUGAGAACGCUGCUGCUCAGCAUUGGCUUUUAUACGGAGCAGCAGUUUGGAGAACUGGAGAAAAACAGUGAUAAACAGCUAUGUGGAGGUGGUGAGGGACAAAAUGAUCCUCCUUCUCAGUUCCACCAGCUGCUGUCAGGACUUCACAAACACCUGCUCGCCCACUGCUACAUUCAGUCCAGUCCUGAGGAUGACGGCAGUGUAACCUUGCUGCGUGAGCAUCUGUACCUGCUGCUUCCCUGCGCCACUGAGACUCUCAAGAGAUCCACUAAGCUGCUGAAAAAGAGCUCCCAUGACAAACAGAUAAUUAAAAAGCUGCAUACUGUGUUAUACCAUUCGGUUGCGGGUAGCUUGCUGUGCCAGGUAAUGUACUCCUUGCUGCUGCUGCCACUGGACACCGUUCAGCCUCUACUGAACCAUUUGAUGUCGUUGUUGGAGCACUUGAAUGAUCUGAACAGCCUGCUGCCUGAGACGUCCCUCCUGGAGGAUCAAGAACUGGGAGUAGAGGCUCAGAAAGCUUCCUCUCAAAAAAGUGAGGAAAGCCCAAACCUGGGAAAGGAGCAACAGGAGGAGGAGUGCAGAUGGGUUUGGAUACUGGACUUGGAGCGAUCUGUAGCGUUGGCCGUUGGACGGUGCCUUGGCAGUAUGGUGCAAGGCCCACCGCCUUCCCUCCAUGAGAAAAUGUCAGAGACGUGGUUAUCGAACGUCCUUCUCAGGAAUGGUCUGGAGAUGGACUUUGAACAGCUUGACUCUACCAUGGCUUGGUUGACCGAGGUUGUGUUGCUGGGCAACAGCGAUGCCCAACAGAUGGAGUUAAAUCUAACUGAGGACACCCGGACCUUACUGGAGCUGGCCCUGGGCUCCACCAGGGGACUUGCAGGCAUCAUGUGGUGGAAGAUGGAGGAGUACGCUCUUGGUAAAGAAUGGGAAAAUGGAGGUUCUUCUGAGGAUUACCUGCUGCCCAUCGUCUGCCGCUGCAGUCUCGCUGCUCUCCUGAAACACACAGGGCUGCAGAAUGAGGCCUGUUGGCAGGACAGAGAGGAACCUUCUGAGAUGCUGUUUGAGGUCUAUGAAACAGUUUUUAAACUAAGAAGCUCUCUUCUGGCUCUUAAAAAUGCUCCAAAAAUGUCUCAGAGGCAAGACUCAACCAAACAGAACUCUCAGUCUCCCCAAAGUCCCAAUGCUGACAGUGAAGAGCCGAGCAUGUCCCUGGAGCAAGUCGGAAAAGAUCACGAGCAGCAACCAGUAGGUUACUGUAACCAGGAGGUGCAAGUGCCCCCGACUCCGACUGCGAACCACAACCAUGAAGAACUGACAGAAGAUGACCGAUUUAGCAGCAGUCGAAUGUACUUGUCAGAAGUCUUGGAAUCAUUCAUGGCAACACGGGAAGCCAUGCAAGUGCAGCAGAAUGUGACGGUCUAUGAGUCAUUUGGCACUUCCACCCUCCCCAGCAGCAUGGAGAGCCCGGUCAGCCCGGAGACACAGCCGGAUCCCAAACAACAGUGGGAAAAUCGCUGUGAAUCAGAUGAAGGUCUGUCGUUUCCUGCCGCCUGCCAGCUUGUGAUAUCCCGAUGCCUCUUCCUUUUGCUGGGAGUCAGGCCUGCUUGGAUAGAACCCAGUGAAGAGGAAGAUAAUCAAGCUGUGAAUACUGUUGCAAGGAGGUUAUCGUCAGAGUCUUUCACUGUGUCUCUUCAUGGAAGAAAGCAGUUUGACCUGUCCAAGAACCCCCCUGGGUCUUCUGCAAAUAAAAUGGGUUUACCUUUGUGUUCCUUGGGGAUAAUGAAAGAAGCUUGGGAUCGCUUGCGGCAGUGCAUCAGCCCGGGCGGCUCCCUGUCCCGCAGCAGCGACAACACUUUGCCUAUUCUUCACCAGGUGUUUCACUUCACCUGUGGAGGCUUGAUCCUCCUACCUUCCUCUCCAACCUUUCCUGGAAUACAGAGUUGUGGGCAGGCAGAUCCGAAAUCCAUCACUUUAGCAAUAAUGCAUCAGCAACAGCGAGCUGAGAUGCGUCUGGAGGCCUUUUGUCAGAUGUCUGCCUUCCUGUCUAAGAUGGAAGAGAAGAACACUCGAUCCUCCAUCUCCCUACACUUUCCUGCUUUGCUGCAGUCUGUGCAGCUCCAGUUCCUGUCUGGAUGUUUUGCCUUGGGAACACAAAUCAUCAGAUCUCACUCAGGAACCAAUUAUGAGACCCAGCAUUACAUGUGUGGGACUAAUGCAGCUUCUAUGGAGACAAAGAGAGCACUAAAAUCUGCAGCCCAUUCCUUUUACCAGCAAGUGGUGCAUGUUCUCAGAUUGAGAGUCCAAUUGGAAAAGGCCCAUCCAGGGUCUUCCCAGCACCUCCUCCUAGCCACCAUGUUUGCACUGAAUUUUUGUUACCAACCUGUGGAUCUGGUGCUGAUUAUCAAAUGUGGCAUCCUGGAAAUCCUCUCCAUGUUAACCAACAACAGCUGUGCACUGAUGAACCAGGGGUGGUUGGCUGCAUCUACCUCUGAAUCGAUGCUUCUCAGCGGGGCGGUCAAACUAGCCUGCGCCCGCCUGCUUCAGAUACUGACAGUAGCUGCAAGCUCCUGUGAGGAUUCUCUACCUUUGGAAGUAUCCCAUGCUCUAAUGGAGGUAAUGUGUGAGCAGCUUUUAAACAUCCUGCAAAAUCUCCACCAACAACAGAUAGCAGAGAGAUUAGCAGCCAAUCUGGACACCAACAGCAGGAGCACAAAACUCGUAGAAAGCAGUAAGGUGACUGAAUCUCAGCUUGCGGAUUUGUUGGUGUUUCUGCGGCGAGUCUUGUCGUUGAGAGUAUUGGAAAGACUUUCCACCUUCGUUAAAUGGAUUGAACCACUCAUGGCCAUUAUUUCACCCAAGUGCUCUUCAGGAUCUCUAUGCUUCCAGAAUCUCCGCACUAAGCUGUUGGCAUUCCAUGUUUUAGAAAGACUUUUACCCGCUUGUUCUGAGUCGGUUCAGAUUCAGCAGAUUGUCGAACAACUCUUCCAGCUUUUGUCUGUGUAUAUGUGGGAGGAACCACAUGCGGAGCGAAGCUCUGAAGAGACGAUUGAAAAAGAGACAGCGAGUCCUGGCAAUCUUGAUGAGUGUAUCCCCAUUGGAGAUUUUUCCUUUGACCCAGACAAGAUAGUGUGCUGUUCUUUGGAGAGUGGGAACAUCCUGUCGCAUGGUUCAGUUGGAAAAGGCUAUGGUCUGGCAACCACUGGCAUUACCUCUGGGUGCUUCAUUUGGAAGUUUUACAUUACCAAAGAGAACAGAGGAAACGAGGGCACGUGUAUCGGUGUUUCACGCUGGCCGGUCAGAGAUCACAACCACCACACCACCACCGACAUGUGGUUGUAUCGGGCUUACAGUGGCAACCUGUACCACGGAGGGGAGCUGGUCCGAACGCUUCCCUCCUUCACCCAGGGCGACACCAUCACCUGCAUCCUGGACAUGGAAGCCCACACUAUAUCUUUUGCAAAGAAUGAUAAGGAGCCAAAGCUGGCGUUUGAGAGCGUAGUAGCCUCUGAACUUUACCCCUGUGUUUUGUUCUACAGCAGUAAUCCUGGAGAGAAGGUGGCUCUGCGUGACCUACAAAUGAGAGGCAUGCCCAGUAAUCUUCUGCCCGGAGAGCCUCUCUGCAGCCCUCGGACCACCGUGCUGCUGGAGUCCACAGUGCACCUGCUGCGUCGGCUCCAUCAGUGUGAUCAUUGGUCCUCCCACAUUAACCAAUACAUUCAUUCCCACUUGGAGCUCAUUGGUACCAUCCUGAGAGAAGAUGACUUGGGAAACUUUAAGGGCUUAGGCGUCAGUCCACCCCAGACUGAGAUGGAAGACAAAGACAUUUCAGGCGAAGAGACAGGGAAACCCGGUGCCUAUCGUCACAUCCUGUCAGAGGCCAAGCUGACCGCUCUCUGCAUCCAAGUGUGGCCAGCGCUGGCUGUGAUCGGUGGAGUGGACAGUGGCCUCCGUGCUGGAGGUCUGUGCCUGCACAAGCCAAGUGGCCGCAGAGCCAUUAUGCUCGGGGUCUUGAAAAAAGGAAGCUCUCUGGCUAAGCUUCAAUGGGAGGAAACUGAUCUGUCUGUCAGCUCCAUGACUUCUUGGUCACCCAGCGACACUCCCAUCAUCUCGCUGGAGCCGUACGAUGUAUCCUGCUGUGACGUCUCGCGCCUCGGAGGAGUCAAGCCGGCGGUGUUGUUGGAUUUGAUAUAUUUGAUGAGGCUGCUGGAGGAGGAGGGCUGGCAGGGGGCAUAUCUACCUCCCAGGAGGAAAUACUCUGAGGAAGUACUAAAGGAGGAAGAGAAACAGGGCUCCCUGGACGAAGAUUUUUCAGAUGGUGGAAAAUGGCUGUCUGAACAUGAAAGGAAGAAGUUGAAGGAGCAGAAUGUUGAGACAGACCCUCCUCCUUCAAAGCCGGUGGACCCUGAGGAGUUGUCCGGCUUAGCUCAACCUAUAUUGACGUCUCAGACUUUAAAAAUGGAUGCCUUUGCACUUGAAAUGAGAGCAGUCAGGGUCUCAUAUCUUCUGAUUGGAGGCUUAAAAUGCCUGACUGUUUUCUUCACCUGCGAGAAGCUGUCAGAUUUGCUGCUAGUGUCCAAGCAUGAGCCUCCAAACUCCCCUGGGAUUUCUCAGCACAGCCCAGUCCCCGACCAGGCCAAGGCAAAGAGUAAACAAUGGGACGAACACGCUGAGCUCAGAUCAGUGCUGCAGUAUGUGGUGCAGAGCAUGGUGAAGUGGGCAGUAAGGCCUUGUCCUAUCAAGCAAACGGUCUCUCUUGCUGAUUUGGAGAGAGCUCAGGUCAUGAUAUAUAAAGGAGCCCUGAGCAGACUGCAGGAGGACAAAGAACGCAAAGAAUCAGGGCGUCACUUGUCUUCUCAGUCCAUCUCAAAGUCCUCCAGCUCAGUGUCAUUGUACAGUGCUGGUUCAGAGGGCACUGCCAUCUUCGGCCAAUCAAACAGAGUCUCUGCCUCCUCUUCCAGUAACGACUUGGCAUCUUCUUUGCCAACAAACCUGCAGGCGGAUGGACUUGAAAGUUUUAAUCCUUUCCUUCCUAUCAGCCUCCUCCAGCACGUGUUGCUAACUCGGUUCCCUACACUUACGGGCCUGGAUAGCGCUCCCCCCUUGCUGUCCCCGUGCUUCAGCUUUGCGAGCGCUGCUGCGUGUGAUGCCUUCACAGAGCAGCAGACCAGCUUCAUGGAGCCUGGUCCCUGCAGCACACAGGCCAGAAGCAGCCUGGAACGGACACAAAUGUUUGUCACCAGUCGUUUGCUAGAAAUGGGAUUCACUAUGAGACAUAUCUACUGGGCCAUGGAGGCAGCAGAUGUAGCAGGUGACUUGGAUUCUCAAACAAUCGAGGUCUUGGCAAGUUGGAUGCUAGAGCACCCUCUGACUGAUGACCAGCAGGCAGCUGAGUCACCAAGACUGGAGGGAGCGGCUGAAACCCCAUCGCCUGAUGGGCCAGAGACGGUGCAAUGUCCUGAAAGGCCCACCAACCAAACAAGUGAAAGUCUGUUACCAGGGCUUGACUGGAUAGAGAGGGAGAACUUCUUGGACGUCCACCUCACUAGGAACAGACCUCCUCCUGCACGGCGACGGCGGUCAGGACCUUCGCAGAGGACCUCUUUCCGAAGACCAGACCUUCCAUCACCCAGCCCACUGCCACAACUCCAUACAGCAGUAGGUGAUUGGCCAGAGCAUGUGGAGUUCCAUACUUUCUCUACGGAAGAGGAGUCAGAGCUGAGUUACAUGGAUGACCCCUACCAUGAAGAAGCUUAUGAGGACCUGCUCACCCCGUCAUUCUUCAGUUUGGAGAGAGAUACACUUCAGAUUGUGGAGGCUGGAGAAGAGCACAGCCAGAUGGUGAAAUGCGAGCUGUGCAACACCUUCACCCUGCAAUUUAACAAUCACAUAAAGCGACGACAUCCAGGCUGUGGGCAAAGUGCUGCCCGCAAAGGCUACGACAGCACUGGAGCUUACGUGGAUGUUUGGUUCAAAGGGGAGUGUGGCUCCAAUUUCCCCUUCUACCUCCUCUGUAGCUCCUGCAGAGAAAAGUAUCUGACUGCUAAUGCAAGCGAUCCAAAUUCAAAAUACGAAAGGAUCAAAGGUCUGACGUCUGAUUUGAUUGGCCAAUUGGACAACACUUCAGACGAUGAAUGGGAAAUGAGCCAUCAAGUUGAGGAUGACCCAGAUAAACUGACGGGAUUGGAGGAUUUUGGGCUCCUGCUGAGACCACUGGGGCUGACUGAGAAAAAGCUGGUCCCUGAUCCAAUUGUCUUUACUGAACCAGAUCCUCUUGGAGCUCUUGUUUACAGCUCAUCCAGUCCCACAAGGGUAGCCUCUAAAGGGACUGUCGCUGUAGACCAGAAAACAUCUCUGAGCCUUGGGCAACAGGCUGUAUCUUUGAGGGACUCACAUGACCGACUAAAAGCUCUACGAAGAGUCACAUCCACAGCGCAGAUUCUCCUCGCUUACAGCAUGGUGAUGAGGGCGCUGUCUCAGACUGCCUCGAGCGCAUCAGUGUGCAGCCAGUCUAACGGGCUGGAGUCCUUGGGACUGGCAGACAUCCGGAUUCUCGUGCGUCUAAUGACUCUAGCUGCAGGGGGCAGGGCGCACGCCUGCGUGGACAAUCCGCUCGGAGUGAAGGGAAUGGUGACGGAGCGCCACAGGUCUACCUGCUUCAGCUUCCUCACCUCAGCCAUUGGCAACGUGGUUUCCCACAGCCCCGCUGCUUACAGGCAGCUGGUGGAGAUAUGCACUCAGGACCUAAUGGCUGCAGCUACUGGGGUAAACAUUGGAGCCAUCACAGAACCCCAGCAGAGAGCAACUUUAACAACUUCCACUCAAGCCGCCGUGCAACAAAGGGAUUUCAAUGACCAGACACCUCCAACAUUCCUGGUCACACAACAUCUGGUGUCUCUGCUCACUGACAAGAACAUCCGCUCCUACAGCCUCGAUAGAACAGAACACGAAACUAAUGAUGGAGGUACCCAAGGGAUGGCUUCCUCAUCUUUGCCUCCUUCUCCUUCGCCUCACCUAAGUGCCAGAAUAGGCCCUCUGGAGCUAGCUAAUGCCUUGGCAGCGUGUGUCCUUUCUGCACGACUUACCAGCAAACAUCGACAGUGGGCAGCACAGCAGCUGGUGAAGGCCUUGGCAGCUGCAGGGAAAGAGAGUCCAAAUCGGCCCCAGACAUAUAGUGAUCUGGCUGGUGAUUUGCACAAAUGUCCUCUCAAGAGGCUUGAGGGACAUUACAACAAGGUGGCGAGCUGUUCCUGGAGCAGUGACCAGGGUUUGCUUGCUACAUGCUCUCAGGACAAGGUGGUACAGUUGUGGAGAGUUAACCAAAGCACUGUGGAGUUACAGACCACCUUCUCCUGCAUUGUCAGUAAGACGGACAGAUCAAGCUCUGAGCGAGCCGGCAGAUGUCAACACAUGUCUCCUGUGUUUUGGAGUACUGGGGGAAACUUUUUGGCUGCCCCUGAGAACAAGCACAUUAACAUCAUGAACAUCAGAGGAUCUCUCUGCCAUGUAGAAGAUCAGAGCUCUCGGGUCACGGCUCUUUGCUGGGCUCAGAGCUUCAAUCUGUGGUUGUUGGACCAGUCUGCAGCCUGUAAGAACAGGCCUGCUGAGAGUCUGCUGGUGGGUCGGCUGGAUGGCUCCCUCUCCUGGCUGCAAGUCACCAUGCAAGAUCUGGAUCUGCUUGUGAAGAGGACUGAACUGGCUCACUGCCACAGACAAGAGGCCCCCAACUGUGUGGCCUGGCACUCAGAAGACAAGCCUUUUGCUGUGGGCUAUCCCAGUGGGAAGAUCCUGUUGGGCACAACGGAGAGCUAUGAGAACACACAACCUGUAGUGUUGUCUCUCUUCCAGGACACAGUGAGUUGCCUAAAAUGGGACCCCACUGGACACUUGCUGCUGUGUUUGGGGAGAUCAGAGGUGGUGAAGGUCCUGGGACGCUCUGGGGGAACCUGGGUGACCCUGCACUCUUUGUAUCAUACCAGCACUGUUAACACUGCAGAGUGGUGCCCCCUCGCUGGCAGAGCACCCAGCCCCAGACUCAUGAUGGCUGUAGGAUGCCAGAACGGGUCGGUGCAUGUUUGGACUCUGCCACAGGGGGGUACAUCUGUAUCUUUGCCAAACAUACUGAACAGCCCGCCAAGCCAGGAUCAAAGCUGCGAGGUCAAGCAGGAUAGUGCAAAGUGUGCCUUUGUACUUAAUGGGCACAUCACAGCGGUGAAGUCCCUUUCAUUUUGUUCCAGCGGCCUGGCGCUGGUUUCUGGAGGGACAGGAGGACUGCUCAACAUCUGGUCUCUGCAGGAUGGGUCAGUGUUGCAGACUGUUACAGGACUGGGCUCUGUUGUCAGCACUACAUGGAUACCAAAUUUGGGUGUAGCUGCUUGCUUUGGUAGAUCAAAGGACGUUUUGUUGAUCUGCUGUACCCCCGACUGGAUCAGUGAGAACCACGUGCUGGCAUCCUGUCGAAUGGUUCUCAGGAGCCAGAAUGUCUUGGGCCUGAACCGGGCGCCAUGUUUGGCCGUCUUCCUAGAGAGGCUGCCACUGUUGCUGCAGGAGCAGUACAGCUACGAGAGGAGCCAUCUGGCAGCCGGAGAUCAGCUUGUCCACAGCGCCUUCCUGCAGAACCUGGCCUCCCUGGCUGUUGGUUUGUCCUUAGAGAAACACCUGUGUUCUUCCCCACGGCCUCCGCACCACUCCUACCCUGAUGCUCAAUCCUGCGUGUCAGAGUGGAGCUGGCUGCUCACUUUUGCCACCACUGUCCGUAGCGCAGAGGCUAUCUCCAGCGGCACUGCCUUCCCUGAAUCCUUCAUAGUUUCUGGGCUUCUGGAAGUCCAAGACUCAAACAUCAUCAAGGCAGUGGACAACAGCAUGUGGAGCUUCAAAAUGGAUGAACAGCUGAUGUCUUGGGCCACCAGCAGACCAGAGGACUGGCAGGAAGGAGGGAAGAGUGAGGUGUACCUUUGGGGUAAUGGACGCUAUGGACAGCUAGCAGGAACGGGAACCAACCUCACGAUGCCUACAGUAGCUCCCUCCCUGUUACAGACACAGCAGGUUGUUUGUGGUCAGAACUGCACUUUUCUGGUCCAGACUAACGGGACUGUCCUGGCUGUUGGCGAGGGACAAUAUGGUCGACUUGGCCAGGGGAACUCUGAUGAUCUUUAUGUCCCCACUAUUAUCUCUGCUUUUCAAGGAUAUGUGGUGACUCAGCUGGUGACUUCCUGUGGCUCGGAUGGACACUCGAUGGCCCUGACUGAAACUGGAGAGGUGUUCACUUGGGGAGACGGAGAUUUUGGGAAGCUGGGCCAUGGCAACAGUGAAAGACAGAGGAGACCCAAACAGAUCGAGGCACUGCAGGGAGAAGACGUCAUCCAGCUUGCUUGUGGCUUCAGGCACUCUGCCGUGGUCACAGCAGAUGGGAAGCUGUUCACCUUCGGCAGUGGUGAAUCGGGGCGCCUGGGUCUAAGGUCGACGUCUAACAAGAUGCUGCCUGAAAGGGUCGCUGCGCUUGAGGGAUAUCAUGUAGGACAGGUGUCGUGCGGUCUCAACCACACAUUAGUGGUGUCUUUGGAUGGAACCGUUGUUUGGGCAUUUGGAGACGGGGAUUAUGGGAAACUUGGAACCGGUUCCUCCACCGCUAAAUACUAUCCUCAAAAAGUUGAGCAGCUUUGCAACAAGGGGAUCAAGAAAGUCUGCUGUGGAACUCAGUUCUCUGUGGCACUGAGCUGCGAUGGACAUGUUUACACAUUUGGACAAGAGCGUCUGAUUGGUCUGCCCGACCCCAUGCUGAAGAAUAAAUCCACGCCGCAGGUGGUGCCGUCUCUGGAAGGGCUCUUUAUAGAAGACGUUGCUGUGGGCUGUGAACAUGUGCUGGCUCUGUCCUCCACUGGAGAUAUUUACACGUGGGGCUGCAACAGUGAGGGACAGCUCGGCCUUGGACACUCUAAUCAAGUGAAGGAGCCAACACUCGUAACCGCUCUGCAGGGUAAAAACAUAAGGCAGGUCUCUGCUGGUCGCUGCCACAGUGCUGCUUGGACAACCCCUUCUGUCUUGAUAAAAAACUCAGGUGGCUCUGGACAUCUGCAGCUUGGCCUUCCCCAGUCAGUUCCUCCACAGUACAACACUCUGAAGGACUGUAGCCCUGAUGUUCUCUGCAUGCGCCUCAGGGUGCUCUACCACUUCUCUGAUCUCAUGUACAAGUCCUGGAGGCUGCUCAAUCUGGACACCAAGAGUCAGAUCUCCACUUCACGCUAUACUUCGGGAGCAACAGCCGUCAUCCGGGGUGAACUCAGAGGUCUGUUGUCCCCCAAGGUCAACACUCUGCCUCUUGUGCGCUCAAUCGGCAGGACCAUGACCCAGGGCAAAACAUAUGGGCCGCAAAUCACAGUGAAGCGGAUUUCCACAAGAGGACGAUCAAGCAAGCCCAUCUUUGUGCAGAUCGCGAAGCAGGUGGUGAACCUGAACCCUCUGGAGCUGCGGCUGCCAUCCCGAGCCUGGAAGGUGAAACUGGUUGGGGAGGGGGCUGACGAUGCCGGUGGAGUGUUUGAUGACACCAUUACUGAGAUGUGCCAGGAGCUGCAGUCUGGUGUGGUGGACCUCCUGAUUCAUACUCCCAACAGCUUUGCAGACGUGGGCUGCAACACUGACAGGUUCUUGCUUAACCCAGGGGCUCACUCAGAGGAUCACAUGGUACAGUUUCGCUUCCUGGGUAUCCUGAUGGCCGUGGCUAUACGCACUAAGAAGCCUCUGGAUUUACAUCUGGCUCCUUGGGUGUGGAAGCAGCUAUGUUGUAUGCCGCUGUCAGGAGCUGACCUGGAGGAGGUGGACCUCCUCACCUACCGCACCCUCCAAGGCAUCCUUCACCUGGAAAACAGUGGAAUCACAGCGGAUAACUUCCACGUGAUGAUCCCUCUAGAUUCAUUCAUGGCCCACAGUGCAGAUGGAAGGCUGGUACCGGUGGUCCCUCGAGGUCAAAACAUCUCCUUGACAUUUUCCAACCGCACUGAAUACGUAGAGAGAGCUCUGGACUACAGACUGCAUGAAAUGGACUCACAGGUGGACGCAGUCAGAGAGGGCAUGUCCACCAUCAUCCCUGUCCCCCUGCUCUCUUUGCUGACGGCCCAGCAGCUGGAGCAGCUGGUCUGCGGCCUGCCAGAGGUGUCUGUUGAGAUGCUGAAGAAACUUGUGCGCUACCGGGACAUUACAGAGAACCACCAGCUUAUCCGCUGGUUCUGGCAGAGCUUGAAGGAGUUCACCAACGAGGAGCGGGUGCUCUUCCUGCGGUUUGUUUCCGGCAGGUCCCGGCUGCCUUCCAACCUGGCUGACAUCUCACAGAAGUUCCAAAUCAUCAAGGUCGACAGGCCCAUCAACGGACUCCCUACUGCUCAGACCUGCUUCUUCCUGCUCCGCCUGCCCCCCUAUACAAGCCAGGCCAUCCUCGCCGAGCGUCUGCGCUACUCGAUCCACAACUGCACUUCCAUCGACAUGGACAACUACAUGCUGACCCACAACACGGAGCCAGCAGAGAGCUCAGACACGGAGGAGUGAGGCUGAAGACCACGGGGUCGUGAAUGUAUCUUCUCCAAUGCCAUGCACAUUAUGCACUGAACACAGACUUUUAUUUGCCAAACUUGUAUGGUAGCGUACUGUUUAUAUGUUGGUCUAUUUAAGGAGAUAAAGCAUUUUGACUUUUCAAACUGUGCACAGUGUUGUAAUUCUGGCAGUGCUACUACAGGGAUAAGAAUUAGACUUUUAAUAUAGGCAACUGAGCCACAAUAAGACAAGUAUAAUGUGCCUGUUUGUUUGAGAUUAUGUAAAAAUGUGAUGGUUUACCACACUGACUGUUGUCAUUAUUAUUUAUUAAAAUGAAGAGUGUUUAAAUAAGGA